AUGUUACCGGCUGUACUCCACCUAUUCGAUGGUAUCGCUUGUUUGGUUUUGCCUAGAAACAAAGACAAUGCUACAGUUCGACGCAAUGCCACGAGUACAGGCGGUAACAUGUCAUCAGCCAGCGCAGCGCAGCCUGCAACUUUAUUAUUAUGUGGAAAAGUACUAGUAACAGGUGGUUAUGAUUCAUCCCAUAGCUUGUCUAGUUGCGAACUCUACGAUCCAACAUCGAAUAGGUGGAGUACAGCCGGUAACAUGUCAUCAGGCCGUUAUAACCACAGUGCAACUUUAUUAUCAUGUGGAAAAGUACUAGUAACAGGUGGUUCUUAUGAAUAUCCUAAAAGCUUCUCUAGUUGCGAACUCUACGAUCCAACAUCGAAUAGGUGGAGUAAAAUCUGA